GCUUUUUGAAAGAAGAAAAAACCUUUUUUUCUCUUUUUCUCUUUUUCCUUCUCUUUUCCAUUGAAUCACGUGACCGCGCCCCCUUCUCUCUUGACUCUCCUGUCUCCUCUUUCUCUCUCUCUCUCUCUCUCACUCUCGUCUCAUAUUGGACGCCUAGCCUCUUAUUCACCAGCCGUGUUAUUCAGCUUCAGUCCAGCGCCAGGCGCUUAGCGGAGCGGUCGCACUUUUCAUUCCGUCUCCCCCUCAUUUCGUUCGUUUGUUGUCUGACAUCUACCCACCCGAAAAAAAUUGAUUUCAUCAUUUUUUUUUCUUUUCUGUUGAAAAAAAGUGUUCCAGUUUCCGUCGAUUGUCUAAAGAUUUUUUUGUUUUGGCGGUAUUUUUGAAUUUUGGUUGGAUUUCAAAUAAGUGGCAAAGUGAACAAUUUUUGAUUUGGUGAAAUUCGGUGAAUGUUUGAUUGGAACGUGACGUUUUAUUAUUAUUCGAGUGGAUGUUGAAUCGUUUGAUCUUGUGACUGUGCGGAAUUGGACGAAAAUAGAAAAAAAAACAAUUCCGGCGUGUGCUGGCAGCUGUUUGGCUGUUUGGUUUGAGAGAGUUUGUUGGUUUGAUUUUUUGAUUCGUCGAGAGAGUUGGGAAAAGAGGAGGAGGCGAUGAUGCAGCCUCGCGACGCUCACGACGACGGCGAUUGCGCAAUGGAGGAGGUGGAGGCAGGACUCGACUCGUCGCCCUUGCCGGCCAACGUCAUGACGACGACCCACCACCGCCACCACUCCAAGAAGACGGACGCCUCUUCGCCAUCGGCAGCGUCCAAUCAGCAGCAACUGACCAACGACGAUGCCCUCCUGGUCGGCGCCCGGAAGCGCAAAGCCAUCAGAGUCGUCAAACAUCAGCAGGCGUCAAGUCCGAUGAAAGCCGAGACGGAGCCGGAAGAGCCUCUCGUUUUGACGAGGACAAGCGAGCCGACAGCGACGACGACGGCGGACGGCGGUGGUCAUAACAAGACGGGCGAGCAAGGCAACACUUCGAUGGACACGGGCGUGUCAUCAGAUCUGUCUGAAUCGCGGCCGAGUCUGGCCGGCGAGGAAGACGAAGAAGAAGAAGAAGAUGAUCACAUCACCAACGGAGAAGAAGAAGAGUCGCAAGGUGAAGAAUCCGGUGGCGAAUUCUACCGGACCGGCCACCGCCACCACCACCACCACCGCCGCCGCCACCAUAUUGGCCGGCAUCAUCACUCGGAAGAAGACGCUUCCGAGAGCAACGAGUCCGUCAGCGGGCCGGAAGCCGAGCAGAGCCGCCGUCGACUGAGACAGAAGAACCGGCGGACGAUGAGACAGCGGCGAGAUGAUCAAGGAAGGAAACGGCCACGGCCAGCGGAAGAGCUGAUAGACGAUGAGGAUCAUCAUCACGAGAUGGAGGAGACGGGUGGCGGUGGUGGCGACUUGCGCCGAUCCUGUCACCCGAUCCACCCGGCCAAUCACCAAAAGAAGAGAAUGACGAUCCGUCCGCAUCGAGAAGACGCGAGGCCGUCGUCGCUGGUGGUGGGCGAUAGCGUCGGUAGCGUCGGUGUUGGUAGCGUCGACUUUAACUGCCGCCCUGCCAACCUGAUCCAUCCGGCGACCUUGAUACGUCCCAUCGCCUCCAGUUCUCUCCUACCACCACCACCGACAUGCAAAGAUUCAACUCCGGAUCACAUCCCGUCGUCGUCGGCUGGCCUGGACCCUGGCUCCUCACCGUUCCUGACGACGCCUAGCGGCCAGCAGUUCAACAACUUGUUCCAGCACGACGAGAUGCUGACCAAUCCGCCGGAAGAGUACAAGAACGAGGAGGACGACCCCUUCUCGGCCGUCCUCCGCGAAAUGAAACUCAAAGGCGAAUUCCCCUGCAGGCUCUGCGAGGCCGUCUUCCCUAAUUUGCGCGCCCUUAAAGGUCACAACCGGAACCAUCUGAGUCAGGCUCCUUACAGGUGCAACAUGUGCCCGAGCACGAGCCUGGACAAGGGGGCGUUGAUUCGCCACAUGCGGACGCACAACGGCGAGCGGCCGUACGAGUGCCGCGACUGCCAGUACGCCUUCACCACCAAGGCCAAUUGCGAGCGACACUUGCGCAACCGGCACGGAAAGGCCUCCAGGGACGCCGUUAAGGCCUCCAUCGUCUACCACCUCAGCGAGGACUCGGCCGCCAACCGGACCCUGGCCGGCGACAAUUCAGAUAAUUCCGGUUGUUCCGGCGGCGGCGGCUACUACGGCGGUCGCCGCAACCACAACGACGACCAGUCGGCCCUGGAUCUGAGCGCCGAUCGCGACGAUUCCAUCCGCUCGGACGACGACGAGGAAGAGGAAUUCACCGACUAUCCGUCGGAAGACGACGGAAAUGAGGAAAUCAACGAGCAAGACGGCCCGCUGGAUUUGACGGUUGACGUUUUGGAUUUGCGGAAGCGGCGACAAGAAGUCACGCCCACUAAGGCGACAGCACCUGCUGCGACCUUGCCCGUCACUCCGGUACAUUCCCAUCAGCAACAGCAUCACCAUCAUCCAUCCGUUCCGGCCCAGCCGUCUCCUCCACUGGCUCCGGUUGUUUCGACUCCGGUCCAGCAGCAACAGCAACAGCACUCGACUCCCACUGAUGUCAAACCGGCCGUUUCGUUCCCGUCUCCUUAUUUCGGUUCUCCUUAUUCCGGAACUGUCGCCUCAUUGGCCGGCCUGCCUUUCUUCUAUCCCGGCCUGGGCGGGGCACCUUACUCGGCUUUCAUCGAGUCGAAAUUGGUCGAAAUGGGCCACCAGAAUCCGGCCGUCGAUCUAUCGGCCCUGGCCAUCGCUGCUGCUCACCACGACGCCAUCCGCCAGGCCCAGCAGCAGCAGCAAAUCCAGAAAGUCCAGCCGAGCCAUCCGUCGGCUCAUUCGCUGGUGGAGGGACUUUUGAUGCCGGCCGUCAAGAAAUACAACCAGCAGGACUCUAUGGAGAACAUCCGUCCCGUCCCCAUGGCCGUCCCCACCACGCCCAUCAAGAUGGAGUCGAAAAAAUCGAGCGGCGGCCAUCAUCAUCACAGCAGCUCGUCGGCCCAGCUGCAGGCCGCCAACGACCCCGGAGUCAAGAUGGUCCUCAAGAACGGAGUGCUGGUCAAGAAGCAGAAGCAGCGCCGCUACCGGACGGAGCGGCCGUUUGGCUGCGAGCACUGCACGGCCCGUUUCACUCUGCGCUCCAACAUGGAGCGUCACAUUAAGCAGCAGCACCCGGACAUUUGGUCCAGCCGACCUCGCGGACACCGCAGAUCGGCCUGCGCCCUGACCAAAUCGGCCGCUCUGCCCACGAUGGUGGACCUGAAGGGUCACCUGGUCAACUCGAUGCCGGCCAUCGUCCCUCAACUGUCGCAGUCUGACAUGAAGCUGGUAGAAGGGAGCAAGGCGCCCAUCUCGGAGCAGGUCCGCCAGGCCGUCCAGCAGAAACUGAAGAAGCGCCGCAACAGCGAACACAGCGAAGACGAGGAGGACUACGAGGAUGAAGGCGAGGAGGAAGAAGAAGAGGACGGCCCUUUGGUCAUCGACAUUGAGCGCAAGGAGCCAGGGCCGCUGGUCCAGCAGCAGCAGCACAGCAGCGACAGCGUCAAAGCCGAGCCGGCCACCGAUCUGGCCAGCGUUUCCAAAUUGCUGACCAACGCGGUGGCCCAGAGUUUCCAGCAAUAUUUCAGCCAGCACCGCGACGUCGAAGCGGAAGACUCUGUGACGAGCGACAAGAUGAACCGGGCCAGCCCGUCUGAGGGCAACAACACGGACGAGAUGGACGAAGGCGAGUGCACGAGCAUCAGCGACGGCCAGUCGAUGGGCGGCAGCGAUUUCGGAGGCAAUCGAUCCGACAGCGGCGGCGGCGGUGGCGGGCAGGCCGUCUCGAGCGCCAAGGGCAAAAAGAAGAGCGCCUACUCGAACGCCCCCCACCGGGUGAGCUGCCCGUACUGCGCCCGCAAGUUCCCGUGGACCAGCUCCUUGCGGCGUCACAUUCUGACCCACACGGGCCAGAAGCCGUACAAGUGUCCGCAGUGUCCGCUCUGGUUCACCACCAAGUCCAACUGCGACCGCCAUCUGUUGCGCAAACACGGAAAUCAUUUGCGUCAUCAUCACAGCAGCAGCAGUGCCGGCGGCGAACACGCCGGAAGCAACAACAACACGACCGGACAGAAUUCGGCCUCCUCCGCUGCUGGCCCGGAUAAUUCGCGCAACGUCCCCGACCGGCCGUACAAGUGCGCCCGUUGCCCGUCGUCGACCUUCGCCACUUCGGACAAUCUCAAGAAACACGUGGACAACAAGCACUGCCCGGCUCACGGUGGUCUCAGCAGUCCGGAAUCGAUCACGGGCGGCGAUCACGGCGAUUCCGAGAAAGGCCACCACCACCAUCAUCAUCAUCAUCAUCAGUCCAGCAACAGCAAUCCGGUCAGUCCAUCGCUGCAGGCGGGCGACGGCAAUUCGGCCGCCGGCGGCAAUAACGAGCAGCUGCCGUUCAAAUGUCAUUUGUGUGACGAUUCCGGCGGCUACGCCGAGAGGCAGGAAGUGCUGGAUCACCUCCAGCGUGACCACACGGAGGAAUUCCACGACCUGGUGGGCAAAGUGGGGGCCCUGGUGGCCGAGCCACCGCCCAUGCCGUCCGCGCCGACUUCCGACGACGGCGAAGAUUACGAUUCCGUCCGUGGGAAAUUCCCCGAUUACGUCAACCGAAAGGUCAUUUGCGCCUUUUGCUUGCGCCGUUUCUGGUCGGCGGAAGACCUCCGGCGUCACAUGCGGACCCACAGCGGGGAGCGGCCCUACCAGUGCGACGUGUGCUCGCGCCGCUUCACGUUGAAACACUCCAUGUUGCGACACCGGCGGAAGCACGGCGGAUCGGGCCAUGCGGAAGAGAGUGACGAGGAGGAGGAGGAUUGCGAGGAAGAAGAGGAGGAAGGAUCCGUCAGCUCGGACAAUCGCCAGCAGCUGCAACAACAUCAACAGCAGCAGCAACGUCGCGAAUCGUCGAGGUCAUCCGCCAAGGCUAAAGUGCGGAUGCAGGCCCUUUGGAGCGGAUCCAGCUCCAAGACCGGGUCCAAAUCGGCGGGUGGGAUGAGACUGCGCGGUCCGUGCGGAUCGGAUCUGAUUGGCAAUUUGCUCGGCAUUCAAGACACUUCCAUCGUGGAGCAGCUCAUGUCCAAACCGGCGGAUGAUGCCGCCCGUCUCUUGGGCGUCACCGGAGGCAACCGGGUUUGAGGAAUAAAAAUUAAAGAAGAAUUAAUUUACAUUAUAUUUCCUAAAAAAAAAAAAAUUGAAUUAAAAGAUCAUCGAGAUAAUAACGAAAAGCUAAAAAAACGAAAAAAAAAAUGAAAAAUGAAAAAAUUUGAAUAUUGAAAUACCAAAGAUCAACGUGAAUCAUUUCUUGAAAUUUCUAAAUUCUGUCCCGUCUUUUUGAUUUCCAAUUUUUGCGGGCGGGAUCGAACGAAUGUGAGCGUAAUAAUAAUAAUAGUGAAUGUCUGUCCGCUAUGUGUGUGUGUGUGCGUGCGAGAGCUGAGCUGAGAGUUGAUCUCGGUCAAUUUAUCUAUCCCCGUGUAUAUAAAUAACGAGAUCUCUUCGACAUCGAUAUACUUUUCAACCAACCAACAAAAAAAUUCGACAAGGAAAAAAAAGAAACAAAUUUUUUUGGCGACUGGAAGAAAAUACUGAUGGCUAAUUACGUGUGUCCUUCUUUUCCUGCCUCCCCCCCACUAUUAUCUAACACAUUUUGAAAAGAAAAGAAAAAGAUGGCCCUCCCAAUUGAAUUAUAAUAUUUUUAGAAUGUCUGAAUUAUCGAGUCAUUCGUUUCCCAAAGAAUAGCAAUAUUGCUGUGCGUAUUAUUAUUAUACCAGACUUUUAUAUAACUAAAUUUCUUUCUUUUUCUUUUCUUUUCUUUUGUUUGUUUAAAACUAUAUCCAACGAUGUUAGUUCCUCAUUUCCCUCCUCAUAUUAUCAUCGACGAUUUUGUGUUUGGGGAGAGAUAAUCGUGUGUGUCUUAGUAAUUUAAGUUACUGCCCCCUUAACGUACUACUACUCUAUAUAAGAAAAAAGGAAAGGAAAUCAAAUGAAAACACAGUACUUGACAGUCACUUAUAUAUCGUGGUAUAUUAUUUUUUUGGGGGGGAAUUUCAAAACAAAAAAUAUUCAUUUUCGCUCUCAUUUGGCAAGUUCCAAAAUUACCCCGUCCAUUUUGCUGCUGGAACAUUCCUUGUCGUAAAUGAACAAAAAGAAAAAGACAAAAAAAAAUAGUAAUCAUUCCUAUAUCUACAUACCCCUUUUGGCUGUUUUAUCCCAUCCACCCCGAAAAAAAAGUUAUUUGUCAAAGUGUGUUUUUUCUUGAUUGAAUUAAAAAAUGAGAAAAUUU